UCAGUCCACAACCGUUAGCCACGAGACUUCAAUCUACUCUCCUCAAACACAGCAAAAAAUAAUAAUUCUGCAGAAAAAAAUUUUCCACAUUAUUCUUUAGUUUUUUUUUUCUUUCAACGAAGAAAUACUUGAGGAGGGUAAAUAAAGUUGCUCAACGACAACGGCAAGUUUAACGUUUAACUAUAAAGAGGGAAGAGAAGCGGGCGGAGGGACGAAGAGACUGCGGACGAGAGGGAAAGGCGUGAGGUGAAAGGCAGACGACCGGGCACGGGAGUAUCAGAAUUAAAGUAACUAGACAGCGGUGAGAGACUCGCAGUAUCAACAAUGGCGGCUUUUGUGGCGAAGCAGAUGGUUGGAAACAAGCUGAAUGCCGUCAAAGGGGCGGUAGGUGGCGAGGGUGGUGACGAUGACGACAAGGAGAAGGAGGAAGAGGCCGAGAGGGAGAGACAGGAGGCCAUCAGGGAGGCUGAGGAGAGACGGAAAGAGAAGCACCGCAAGAUGGAGGAGGAACGAGAAAAAAUGCGACAGGAGAUCAGAGAUAAGUACAAUAUAAAGAAGAGAGAGGAGGUGCAGGAGAUGAUGCCUCAGGAGGAACCCAAUCCCUUGAUGCGCAAGAAGAAGACCCCGGAGGAACUCGCUGCUGAGGCUGAGGCUGAGGAACAGGACGAAUUUACGAAACUCAAGAACACACUCGAGACCCACGUAACGGAGAUUAAAACACAAAUUGAAAACAGAUGCAGCUUGCAAUGAGCCAUCCAGACGCGUCAAUUGCCAGUGACAGCUGAUUGUCACUGGUCUGGGAGCUUCCCGGGAAGCUGCCGAGGGAACACAGUACGAGUAUAGUCAGACAACACACUGGAAUAGUCAAUGCGCGGGAUAAGAAGAGGAGAAAAAACAACAUCAGCUGCAAGUGGAAGCGAAAAAAAACGAGAGAGAGAGAGAGAACAAGUGGAAUGCAGUCAUCGUCCAAAUAGUCGAGUCACGGCACGAACGGAGCACUGCGCCCUCUGACGGGGCGGGGGGUAGCGGUGAGUUCACCGGAAGCGUUCGGGUGCUUUUCCAAAUAAAAAUAUCGACCUACGGAAUACUAAAGAGAAAGGAGGAGAAGGUGGGAGUCGAUUGUACGGAUUCGUGUCACGCAUUCUUCCAUAGACUUGAGGGCUCAUCCUUGGGAAUACCGUGGGGGUAGGAGGGGGAGGGGGUAGGGUAUCCAAGAAAAUGGAAGUUGACUCUAGAAACGACAUUUUUUGAAAUCGGAGAAAGAAAGCCACUCAAGUCUGAUCGACCCGCCAAUAUCUUUAAAGUAGGUGCAUUAUUCGUGGAAAAAUUUUCUACCAAGCUCAGAACAUUUUCACAUCAAAGUUUCACGACAGCGGGUAAAGGGGAGUGGAAUAGAAAAAAUAAAAUACGAGUGAAGGACGAAAAAAAGGAAACAGGGAGUGAAGAAUAGAAUGGAGGAGACAUGAAGACCCUCAAGGACUUUUGCAAAUUACUGGUUCAAUCACUCGAUGAGAACGUCUAUCCAUUGAUGAAGCAUUCCAUUGUUCCAGGGUUGAAUGAAUGCUGCCUACUUUCUCUUUAUUCCUCCUGGUAUAUUACUCCGACAUCUCUCCAGCACGGCCCACUCAUACUUUAAACAUUGUUCUGGAAUCUCGGAGGUGCCAAGUGAAUAAAGUUUCAGGGAGUGAAGGCCCCCGGGAGAAUCUCACUAAAUCGGUGAGAUUCUUUCCUCUUUUUGGCACUUCAUUGUCAACGAAAAUUCAAAGGAAUGUGAUUUAAUUAAGUAAAAGCUUGGGAAAAGGGCCCGACUUCACCAACAAUCGACGAAACACCCGGGACAAUGACUGGUUUUUUCAUUGACAAACAGCUGAGAAAGUGAGAAGAGAUGACAACAAUUGAAAUAAUGAAUAAUAAAUUGAUAAAAAAAAGCAAAACAAGUAUAUAGUCCUUAAGUUUAUAGUGAAUUACGGAUAGAAAACUACCGAUAGCGGAGUUAUGUAGUUGUUGAACCGUGCGACGGCUGUUUGAAUAAUAACGAUUUAAAAAAAAAUAAAUGAAAAAAAAUUAGCGUUAAUUAAACAAAAAACAAACAAGAAAUAACCAAAAAUGAGGAAUAACACGUAGUUAGGGACAUAGGGCCAGGGGGACGAGAGCCUUGUGUGUGUUUGCGUGAGUGCUGUGUGUUUUUUGGGAUGCAUUGAACAAAAAAUAAAACAAAUUAAUUAGAUUAUUUAUUUUGCGUGAUUAUCAAGUGCGAGUAUGUUUUUGAGAGAAUCGAGGAAUUCGGAACCGACAAUUCACGAAGAAAAAAAUAUCCACGUGAGCUGAGCUCGAUGAUCUGUCUCGCAUUUACAGUGAUAGCUCCAAUGAUCGGGGGAGUGAAUGUUGCGUUGACAUUUGUUAAAGUUAUAAAAAAAAUAGUUGGAUGUUGAACUGCGCGACAUUUCAGUCCUCCUAAUUGGAAACGAAAGGGACGAAAGAUGAAGGGAAAAGGUAAAUUGGAGGCACCGAUCAACGUGCAAGUGAUGCAUGCCUUAUAUAUCUACAAUAUAAUACAUAACUAUAAUUAAAAAAACAAAAAAGAAAUUACAUGCGAUAAAAUGCGUCGAACGUUCUGCCUGCCAGAAAGGAAGUUUUCUUUGACGCUUGGGUGAGGAAUAUGCGGGAGACCGAGAGGAAAAAAAGGAAAAUUUUCAAAUGAAUAAAAAGCUGAAAGAGAGUAAGAGUGAAUAGAGAGAUUGAGUGUAACGGUGCAAUGCGGAUAAGCAUUAAGUUUAAAAAAUAUGUCAUACCAUUUUUGUAUGAACGAUUGAGAAGUAAAAAAAUGUAUUUUUUUAAUUUCAACGCUGUUUUGCAACGUUGUUCAAACUUUCGCGGAAUUAAAAGAAGAAAAAUACCAACCAAGAUGAAAAAUCAUUGCUCCCUUUCGAUCCUAGUUUCACAAUGGGAUUUUUCACCCCCUCUUGACCACUUCGUGCUUCAGGCCAUCUCAUUCUUUAUCCGCUAGACACUUUAUUUCACCCGUUCCGAGAGCGGCUUUCUCGCGUUUGGGCGGACCACCAUCCUCGAAUUGUGUCCUUCCACCGUUGGUAAAAUUUGCCCAAAAAUCUUGAACAAAAAAAAUCCCUCACCCCACGUUUUGUCAUUGAAUUUUUCAUUUUUGUAAAACCAUCUCUGUGUAUCUCUCCAUGUUGAUGAUAAAUCUCAAUGUUGCAUGUAUACGUGUAAACUUCUAAAUGCUUGUCUGUCUAUGUCGCUGUGCUGGCUCGUGUCCUCUCUUGAUCGCCCACAGGUGCCUCCUGCCCCGAUGCAGAAAUUCCCUCAACCCCUCAGUCUCUUGUCAAUUUAUUUUUCCUUCCGCCUCAACGAGUCAUUUCCCCCGUGUACACCCGCAACUACGUGAACGAAGAAUGAAAGGGCAAAUCGUAUAUAUACACAUCAACAUCUUCACACACAUCUAUAUAUUUUUUCAUCAUCCCCACCACCCCCCACAACGACACAAGAACAUAUAUUUUUUUAUGAUCGACAUUCACGCAGAGUUAUAAAAAGAAUGUUCACGGUAAGGCGAUGUUAACCAGGUGAAAUGACUCUUUAUUGAGUGAAUGUGUGUGUGAGGGGCACGAGGUACCGGACACAAAUGUCCUCUUUAUCUUUAUCCUCUCUUCCUCGGAUACUUAAAAAUUUUAUCUCAUGAAUUUUUCUACGGUAAAACGUGUCAAUUUUCACUCAAUAUCCCCCCCCCCCCUUCUCCGUUGAAAUUCCCGUCCUAUCUGUGAACUUAAUGAAAAUCUCUUCUCUCCUGACGACGAAGAAUCAUGAAAAAUAUGGAAACCCCUUCUGAUGAAUCCCGCGAAUCAAAUCCAAUGCGAUAUUACUCAAAGUCAAUUACUCAAUUAAACCAAAAGAAUACUAAAGCAAAACAAAUAUUAUGGAGAAUUAUAACCCAAAGAUGUAUAUUUAAUUAGACGAGCGAUCUCAAUGAUUUUUGUUUUCUCAAUUAUGAAGAAUAUAAAUCGAUCUACUGUAAUUUAUUCACAAUAUCACGGAGUCCUAAGAGGAUUCUACCACAUAUAUCUUUACUCUCCUUCUCCAGGAAAAUCCUCGCAAUGAAUAACAGAGAAACAAAUAACGAAAAUAUACCGAAUGAAUACUAUUCUUCGAUAUGCAAAUAAACAUAUAUUCUUAGCAAAUCUUUUCCUCUCUUGUUCGCACCUUCGAUGUUUCUACGUGCAUGUGUGUAUCUACUUCAAUCAUGUGGUUAAAUUCCAACGAGAAUUCCGUGAAAUUACAUUGAACAGUUGUUAUUGGAAUUUAAUCAAGUGAGUCUAUAGCUAAGCGGUAAAGAUUAAUAUCGUCCAUGUCUAUGCGGUGUGCAAUGCUGCACACGUCCGUACUCAAAACAAUGAAAAAAAACGAUUAAAAAAAAAAGAAAAA